UGUGUGGAAGAUCAAGCCGUGACUCACAAUGAGGUCUCUACAUCUUUCCCUCACGCUGAUGACAUUUUUAUUCGCUAUGAUUGACUUGCAUGAAUUACCAAGAAAGUUUGAACUUUUUGGAACAUUAAACGGAAGACUCAAACGCAGCGUUGAGACAACACCGCAGCCGCACGUGACAGUUCACCACUACCACUACUACUACUACUGCUGUCCGGACAUGGCUGCUAGAGUAAAGAGCGACCCUCGGCUAGCUCAGGCGUUGCACAACGCAUCUUGUAGCUUCGACAAAUCAAGCGUCCGCUGUGAAGUACCUUCCUCUCAACAACACCAGCAACAUCAACAACAACAGCAACAUCAUCCUCAACAGCAGCAGCAGCAUCAACAACAACAUCCUCAACAACAGCAACAUCAUCCUCAACAGCAGCAGCAGCAUCAACAACAACAUCCUCAACAGCAGCAGCAGCAACAACAUACUCAACAACAGCAACAACAUGCUCAACAACAGCAGCAGCAGCAACAACAACAACAUACUCAACAACAGCAACAACAUGCUCAACAACAACAUCCUCAACAACAGCAACAACAUCCUCAACAGCAAAAGACACAAACCAUGAAACCCUACAGAGCAGAUCCGUUCUACAUUGACCGACUGUUCAACGACCCGUUCGGCAAACAGUUUUUCGACUUUGUUACAGACAAUUUUGUCAGAAGAGACAGUGAGAGGGAGCUGGACGAAUGUUUAACAUCUGCCUUCGACGACCCGAUCUGUACAGAUUUCUUUAACUUUUUCAAUCAAAACUUCAUGAGGAAACCAGAAAAACACGUGGCUCAAACUAAUCACUCCACUCCUGUGCCACUCCAUGCGAGUCAACCAGGGAAUACACAACAACCUCACCAGUUUAAGGAUUUGGAACAUUUUAGAAAAGUGGACAGUAUGUUUAACGAACUUGAAAACAACAUGAAGAAAGCCUUCUCGAAAACAUCAGAUUUGGGGAAAAUGCUGGGUGUAAGAUUUGAUGAUUUUAGAUGAGUUCACUAAAACACAAAUGGAAACACGGGUAUCAUUUUUUCAUUUUUUGUAUAUUUUUUGUUAAUUUCAUGCACAGUGAUUAAAAUGUAUUGUAAGAUCUCUCUACUCAAUUCUUUUGAAAACCUGUUUUCUCUGGCAACAAAAUAAUUAUUUGGUUUUAUAUAUUUUAAUUUUUGUUAAUACAUUUUUAAACUAUAGCAAGCCUGCAAGUGCAAACCAUGAU